CAAUUCAUUUCCCUUCGUCCCGCGAAAACCCUAGUUCGAUAUAACCAACCCAAAAAAGAUAUAUUUCACUGCGGCGCCUCCUUUCAGAUAUCUCACAAAACUCAUCUCCUGUCUCCCUGCAGAAAAUGCCGCCGAAGUUCGACCCAUCCCAGGUAGUGGACGUAUUCGUCCGGGUCACCGGUGGUGAGGUCGGAGCUGCCAGUUCUCUCGCUCCGAAAAUCGGACCCCUCGGCCUGUCACCUAAGAAGAUCGGUGAGGACAUAGCUAAGGAGACUGCAAAGGACUGGAAGGGCCUUCGCGUCACUGUUAAGCUCACCGUCCAGAACCGCCAGGCCAAGGUCACAGUUGUCCCCUCCGCUGCUGCCCUCGUUAUAAAGGCCUUGAAAGAGCCCGAGCGUGACCGCAAGAAAACGAAGAACAUCAAGCACAACGGGAACAUUUCGCUUGAUGAUGUUAUUGAGAUUGCUAAGGUUAUGAGUCCGAGGUCCAUGGCCAAAGAUUUGUCGGGUACAGUGAAGGAGAUUCUUGGCACGUGUGUCUCCGUUGGGUGUACGGUUGAUGGGAAGGACCCGAAGGAUUUGCAGCAGGAGAUUACCGAUGGUGAUGUGGAGAUUCCCCUGGAUUGAGUUUGAAUUAGAAUUCGAGUCACUAAAGUUUAUUUCGCUUUUACUUUUUGUUUUUUGGUUUAUUGACUUUUAUGAACUACUGGGUUUUUAAUUAGCUUGAAAGUAUUUGCUCUAAAUUGCUACUUUUGUUGGUAAUGAUUGAAGACAUGAAUAUAUGAUCUGACUAAUUUGAAGUAGGGAUAUGUGGUGAAGAUUAUAUUA